UCCCUCCCCUCCCCUCCCCCGCCCUCCUCCCCCUUAGAAUUUUCCCACCAGCCUCUUUCUCCUUCCUUUUCCUUCCUGUCUAGGACCACCCUACCCCUCACCCGUCACUCCACCCUAGACUUACGCAAUGGCGCCUCCCGCCAAGAAGGCUGCGGCCGGGUCCAAGGGAAAGAGGAAGCCGCACAGCUUCGUGAUCGACUGCACGAAGCCGGUGGAGGACAAGAUCAUGGAGAUCGCGUCGUUCGAGAAGUUUCUGCAAGACCGGAUUAAGGUGGACAACAAGGCGGGCGUGCUGGGCGACACCGUGAAGGUCACCAAGGACAAGGCCAAGAUCCACGUCACCGUCGACGGCCCCUUCACCAAGAGGUACCUCAAGUACCUUACGAAGAAGUACCUGAAGAAGCACAACGUGCGCGACUGGCUGCGGGUGAUCGCGUCGAACAAGGACCGCAACGUGUACGAGCUGCGCUACUUCAACAUCGCCGAGAACGAGGCCGACGAGGAGGCCUAAACCGUCCACGCCCGUGCUUCGCUUCACUCGCAGAUACAUGCCUCUCCCGCACUCCCUGACACUGCUGCUGGUAUCACGGGGGCCUGCAGCUUCUGUGCCUCUGCCUGUCUCUCCAGCCCCCUUGGCAAGAAAUCCUUUUUGCUUUCAUUGUAACAGUUACAUUAGUUACAGUUGCACCAGGCUAUGAAGCUGUGUCAGGCUGAGAAGGGGCUGCCUGUAACGGGUGGAGAAAUCAGGGGUUCUGGAUGUCUGCCUUGGGCACCUAGCCCCGUUUAAGAAACGAGCAAUGAACAUCACUCGAUAAACUCAGUUAUACCUCUUACGAUUGCUGAGUAAUCAGUACCGCAUGGUAGAGCUACUACGUUUUGGGUCUUGGUGAAACCAUCACAUAUCAUGGAGUGCCCAAUGUUGUAUGUACAAGGAGGUGUUGGAAAGUUCACACCACACAGAGCUGUUCUUAGCGAGUGAAACGCCUUACUUCGCCAGCACACGUUUCCGAGAACUGUAAGUCAGUGGACUCCCACCUUCGAUAGCCGUAGUUUCCGCCUCGACCUGCACUGCGUGCCGUGCAAUACCCGUUCCGCUAGCCGCCUAGAUUUCGCCUCUUAUCUUUCGCUCCUCUCUGCUCCAUCGUUAAGGGUUUGCACUCACAUGCCUGCACGUCCUCUCCUCUCACUGCUCGCUGCUCCUAGCACCGUCCAUCCUCACUCUCUGUUACUAUCGCGAGUAACACAUAGUCUCGAAGUCACCUACAUGUUCUAAUUCACGUACCUUUCUUGAAGCCGCAAGUCUCUUAAAGCCGCGACCAGCAUGGCUUUCCCCGACGAGCACUGGCGGCGGUUCGGGCCGCUAGCGGCGGGAGCGCUGUUCGGUGCGGCGUGGUGGAUAUGGGUGGACGCGGUGGUGUGCAACUCGACGACGGUGCCCUUCUUGCACUACGUGCCGGGCAUCUUCGCGGCGCUGGCCGCCAUGAUGUUCAACGCCGUGCACCGCGACGAGCUCCUCGACUACUCGCCCUACGACGACGGCGCCGGCUGCAGGUCGCGCACGUGGCUCUUCCUGGCGUACGUGAUCGCCUUCGCGUCGCUGGCAGGGGCGGCAGGGCUGCUGAUAAAGGACGCCUCCCCCCCCAGCACGUCCUCGUGGCCCGGCGCUGCGGGCGUCUUCCAGUGCGCCUUCAUCAUCGGCAGCGGCCUCUUGUACUGGCUCUCACGCUCCUCCGAAUCCUCGCCCUCCUACUACUGAUCACCGUCUCCCAUCCUGCCGCCCACUCUUCAAACACCUGCCGGCUCUCUGGGGUACCACUCUGUGGCACUGCUGUGCUGCUGCUGUGAAGGCUCUUGUUUGGUUUGGUUCUUCUUUUGAGGCGCCUCAAAAAUAGAUUCUGCUAUAUGCCUGAAGAGAGCCAUUGAAUGUUUCAUUCAAUAGCUGUUUGUUAUUGCGACCUUCACUGCUUGUACAGAUGUCUUUGUAUAGCCUGUCCGUUAUGCAUGCAACCUGCAGCUCCAGCUGCGCUCAUUGGUGGAGUUAGUUAGCAUGCACCAGACAUGCUCGCGAGUCGUGAGCAUCCAAAA